CGAGAGGGCGGUGCCUACAGAGAGCGCCGUGGCGGCUUGUGCUCGGCCGCCGGUUCUGGAGGAGGGCCGGACCCGGCUGGGUGGGUGGGAAGUGCGGCUGGUAAUCUGGCAGCCGCCGAGAGAGAGAAGAUUAUAAAUGCCAGAGCCAUUUAAAUGAUGGUUAGCUGUUGAAUUCUGACACUUCCUUAAAUACCUUCUUGCACCAACAUCUUCAGUGGGAAGAGUUCAGGAAAAGUAGCAGAGGGAAGGAGAGACAACAGUUACAUGUACCAUGGCUAUACCAAUAACAGUACUUGACUGUGAUCUCUUGCUAUAUGGCCGAGGUCACCGCACAUUGGACCGCUUUAAGCUGGAUGAUGUGACAGAUGAAUACUUGAUGUCCAUGUAUGGGUUUCCUCGACAGUUCAUUUAUUACUUGGUGGAGCUCUUGGGGGCCAGUCUUUCUAGACCUACUCAGAGAUCCAGGGCUAUUAGCCCAGAGACACAGAUCCUUGCAGCACUGGGCUUCUAUACCUCAGGUUCCUUCCAGACUCGGAUGGGGGAUGCUAUUGGAAUCAGUCAGGCAUCUAUGAGUCGAUGUGUUGCCAAUGUCACCGAAGCGCUUGUGGAAAGAGCUUCGCAGUUCAUCCGCUUUCCAGCUGAUGAAGCCUCCGUGCAGGCUCUGAAGGAUGAAUUCUAUGGGUUGGCAGGGAUGCCAGGGGUCAUAGGGGUGGUUGACUGUAUCCAUGUGGCAAUCAAGGCACCAAAUGCUGAAGACCUUUCCUAUGUGAACCGCAAAGGUCUUCAUUCUUUAAACUGCCUCAUGGUGUGUGACAUCAGAGGGGCACUGAUGACUGUGGAAACAAACUGGCCGGGGAGCCUCCAGGACUGUGCUGUGCUGCAGCAGUCUUCUCUCAGCAGUCAGUUUGAAGCUGGGAUGCACAAAGAGAGCUGGCUGCUUGGUGACAGUUCCUUCUUUCUCCGCACCUGGCUUAUGACCCCACUUCACAUUCCCGAAACUCCAGCCGAAUAUCGCUAUAAUAUGGCCCAUUCUGCAACUCACAGUGUGAUUGAGAAGACUUUCCGAACCCUCUGCUCCCGAUUCCGCUGCCUGGAUGGAUCCAAGGGGGCACUGCAGUACUCACCGGAGAAGUCCAGCCACAUCAUCUUGGCCUGCUGCGUCCUCCACAACAUCUCCCUGGAGCAUGGGUUGGAUGUCUGGUCCUCUCCAGGGACAGGACCCGUGGAACAGCCUCCUGAGGAAGAGUAUGAGCACAUGGAGUCCUUGGACCUAGAGGCUGACCGUAUCCGUCAGGAGUUGAUGCUCACUCACUUCAGCUAAUGUGGAAGGUGGGGAGCGGGGAGGCUUUCCAGAAGGAGCUGUGACAAACUUUCCCUCUCACCACCCCCUACACAGUUCCAUCAUCUAGCAUAACUGAGCGUGUGGACACUUGUCACAAACUGACAUUUAAUCUGCGUGUUUUAGAAAGGUUGAGGCUAGGCCAGAAUAUCUCGAUUCAUUUGCAAGUUUAUUAACUAAACCAAAACCUCCGAGACAACAGUUCUCUACUAUCCAUUGAACACCAGGUUAGCACCACUCACUCAUUUGAAAGUUCCUUGGUUGCAGACGUUUAUAUCGUGCUUACAAAAUCAAAGCAGUUAUCUAGAGAUUUCAAAAGAAAACAAUAUUUGUCCUGAAAUAUUUGGAUGGCAUUUUAGCUUUUCUACUUUACUACCUAUAUAGGCAUAAUCUGAGGCAAGUGUGAAGAGUAAAUUUCAGUUGGAAAAUGGUCUUCUGACAUCAAUAAACGGCUACUAAUGUGAUUUUUCAGCUUUGUGUUUUUAAGAGGAGGUUAACGACAGUCCAAAACCUCUAUCUUAAUUCUGUCUGUAAUAACUGAGCUGUGACUUGGACCUAGUUCCCAGGGAGAACAUCUGGACUCCAAUCUCUUACUUCCAACCCUGAGUAGGAGCUAAAGGCUAAAUGGGUUUAAGAAUUCAAUCAGCUUAAAGAAGACAAGUCAAAUAGAGACAAAAUAGCAAGCUUACACUUUACAGGGGAUCUAAAGACCCUGAUAGAUUGAUGGGCAAAGGAAAUUCACCCAGGUUUAGACAGUCCACAUCUAAAUAGAUCACAUUUCUUAUGAUCAUGAUGUUAGGAUGUCUUUUGGGCCAUUCUGCUUUGAAAUUCCUUGUUCAGAAAGAAAGUUUAGGGGAUACAGAAGACAUGUAUU